AAAAUUUUGAGAAAAAGUGUUCAAUGAAUCAUUAUUCGGAUCAUUUUCGUUCUGAAUUAUAUUAUAUUCGUUUUGAAUAAAAUAAAUCUGUAUUCAGAACGAAAGUAAGCAAGUUUGAUGAUGUACUGCAAGACUUAAAAUUAGUGGCUAUAAGUUCAAAACUUCCAAUUAUUCUAGAAAAUUACAUUUACGGACAUCAUCUAAUUGAAAUUGUACUCUUAACAAAGGGAAAACUUUAUUCACACAAAUUAAAUUAGUUUAAUGUGAAAAAGAAUUAUAAUUUAAAAGUAUGUGCAUUGAUAAAUUUAGAUGCGCCAGCUGCUUACGAACUAAAACAUUACAUAAAUUAUAAUUCUUGAUUAUGUCAUCGUCUUAUCCAAAUCCAAAUCAAUGCACUACAAAUAUGGCAGCAAUGCCAUCAAACUAUGUAAACGGGCCUUUUCAAAAGCUGCCAACAAAACAAUCACAUCAAAUAACAACUCCAACAAAUCAAUCUAAUAAUCAGCAAAUGAAGUUUAAUUUAAAGCCUAUAUCAUCUUCAUCUAAUGGAAAUACCCAACUUUAUAGUAACACUCAAAAUCAACAAAACUCUUUAACAUCAUCUACCUCACAAGCUAAUCAAACCAAUUUACCGUCACAUAUAAGAACCAACGUUCAUUUACUAAAUGGAGGUGGGAGUAAUAAUUCAUCUAGAACAGCCUCUCCAGCGAUAAACAAUACAACAAAUUUACAGCAAGCAAUGCUUACUACGUCGGUAAUCCAAAACACAAAUCAAAUCGUCAAUAUGCAAAUGCAAAAUUUGUCGCUGAAUAGUAAUCAAAACACUAUGAUGCCCACUAAAACUGCGACUAUUCAGCAAUCUUCAAUAAACCAGUUAAAUCAAUAUUCGGUUCCAGUCAACAAUCACUCUCUUUAUCCUUACAAUUUUAAAACGAAUGCUUUAAAUUCAGAUUUGCAACCCAAUAGAUCUUCAAAUAAUGAAACUUCAGUUCAAGCGAAAGCUGAUCAAGUUAACUACUCAAAUAGCGAAAAAAACAAUUUAAACAGACCAAUUUCAUCAUCUCUAUCGCAUAAUCCUGUUUCAUUUUCCGCAUCACAGCAAACAAACGCAAUAAUACAACCAUCAAAACCGUUAGGAGGGGGAACAUUUGAUUCAAAUGUAAUCAAUAAUAACAUGCAACAAAUAUCUACGCAGGCUAUGCAACCACCCUCAAUAACAAGCAAACCGACUCAAAACAAAUUUAUUCCAAUGCCUUUAUCAAAUACACAAUUCCAAAGCCCACAGGUUGCCGUAUCAUCUGCGAAACCGAAUGGAACACAGUAUCCGCAACAGUUUCCUACAGUGAAUAAUUCAAAUUGCCAACCUCAUUUUGUUCCACCAAACUGUAAUCAAAACUACAUUCAACCACCCCCACCAACAAUUUCGAUGUCUCAAAAUCUUAUCCCCCAGCAACAACAAACAUUCAAUGACAACCAAAAUGUAGGACCAAUUAAAUAUCAGCAAAAUUUAGGAAGUGUAACACAACAGGGCUUUAAUCGUUUGUGGGGCCAAGAUAUAAUCGAUUUAAUGCAACAUCGUCAUAUCUUGAGUUCUACAACAAUUCAAAUACCCAAAAUAACACUUAGUAAUCAAUUUCAGGAAUCCGUUAAUUGUAAUCCAGACAUUAUGCGUUGCACUUUGAAUAAAAUUCCCGAAAAUAAUAGCUUACUACAAAAAUCUCGUUUGCCUCUUGGUAUUCUAGUUCACCCCUUUAGAGAUAUUAACAGCUUACCUGUCAUUCAAUGUCCAAACAUUGUAAGAUGUCGACUAUGUAGAACAUAUAUCAAUCCAUUUGUGCAUUUUGUUGAUAGUAAAAUGUGGAAAUGUAAUUUAUGUUAUCGAGUAAAUGAACUCCCAGAUGAUUUUCAUUACGAUCCAGCUUCAAAAACUUAUGGUGACGUUACUCGGCGUCCAGAAGUGCGUUCUAGUACCAUAGAAUUUAUUGCUCCUUCGGAAUAUAUGCUUCGUCCACCACAGCCAGCAAUUUAUCUUUUCCUUUUUGAUGUUUCCAUUCUUGCUCAACAAUCGGGUUAUCUCGAUGUUGCAUGCAGUGCGUUAUUAAAAUAUUUAGACGAUAUGCCUGGUGAUGCAAGAGCUCAAGUUGGUUUUAUUGCUUACAACAGUCACAUUCAUUUUUAUAACAUCGCAGAAGGUUCAAAUCAACCACGCGAAAUGACUUUGGUUGACAUAGAGGAUCCAUUUAUACCAUGUCCUGACAACCUUUUAGUGAAUUUAAAAGAAUGUAAAGAAUUAGUAAAAGAUCUUUUAUCUAAAUUGCCCACAAGGUUUGCAGAUUCUCAUGAUCCAGGUUCAUGCUUGGGUGCUGCAUUACAAGUUGCUUUUAAGCUAAUGAUGUCAUCUGGAGGUCGUGUCACAGUAUUUCAAACUUGUUUACCAAACAAAGGAGUUGGUUUAUUAGAACCACGCGAAGAUCCAAAUAAUCGUUCUUCAAAGGAUGUUGCACAUUUGAAUCCGGCCACAGAUUUUUACAAAAGACAUGCUUUAGAAUGUUCAGGUUACCAAAUUGCUGUAGAUUUAUUUGUUUUGAAUCAGCAAUACGUUGACCUGGCGACAAUAUCUGGGAUAAGUAAACAUAGUGGGGGAUCGAUACACCACUUUCCAUUAUUUCAAAAAACAAAACCACAUCAUGUUGAUUCAUUUAAGCAAUGCUUAAAACGAUAUUUGACUGGGAAAAUUGGUUUUGAAGCUGUAAUGCGUAUACGUUGUACUAGAGGCUUACAAGUUCAUACAUUCCACGGUAACUUUUUCGUUCGCUCAACUGAUCUUCUUUCUUUACCAAAUGUUAAUCCUGAUGCGGGUUAUGGUAUGCAGAUAUCAUACGAGGAAAAUCUUUCAGAUGUGAAAACUAUUUGCUUCCAAGCAGCUUUGUUAUAUACCAAUAGCGACGGUGAACGUAGAAUUCGAGUGCAUACACUGUGCUUGCCCGUGACUAAUAAUUUAAAUGAAGUAAUGCAUUCAGCAGACUCUCAAGCAAUCGUAGGAUUAUUAUCGAAAAUGGCUGUAGAUCGAUCAUUGACCUCUAGUUUAGCAGACGCUCGUGAAGCUUUCAUAAAUGCUACAAUAGAUAUUUUAAGUGCUUUCAAAUUAGGACAAAAUUAUGCCGGUGGACAAAGCGGUCAACUGAUGGCACCUAAAAAUUUAGCGCUGUUACCACUUUAUAUAUUAGCUUUACUUAAGCAUAUGGCAUUUAGAGUGGGUACAAGUACUCGUUUAGAUGAUAGAAUUUCUGCUAUGAAUGCCAUGAAAAAUUUGCCGUUAGACCAAUUAAUGAAAUAUAUUUAUCCUGAAUUCUAUCAAAUUGAUGCAUUGUUUUAUAAUUUACCAGAACAUGCCGAUGAAGAAGAAAGUUUGCCAGAUAUUCCAUUACUUCAGCUUACCGCUGAAUUUUUGGAUUCGCGUUCAAUGUUUUUAAUCGAUUCUGGGCAACUAAUUAUAAUAUACGUUGGUUUAAAUGUACCACAAAAUAUUUUAGAAAAUGUAUUAGGAGUUAAGUCAACCGCCGAAAUUCCAGAUAUAUGUUACAAUCUGCCUUCAAUUGAUACAGCGGAAAAUUUCGCUUUAAAAUCUUUUAUUGAUCAUUUAAAUGAGGAAAAACCCUAUCUACCAACUAUACAAAUUAUUAGAGAUACAAGUACGUGUAAAUCAACUUUCAUGGGAAAAUUAGUUGAUGAUAGAAGUGAUUCUAGUUUAUCUUAUUAUGAAUUCUUGCAACACUUAAGAACUCAGGUUAAAUAAUAUUUAAGAUAAAAAAUAUAACUUUAAAAUAUCAAUAUAUGUAAUAAAUAAAACAAGAUCUGUGAAAAUAAAAAUAAAUUAUAACGAUUUAUGAAUAUAAACUUUUUAAGACAAAGUAAUUUUUACAAUUCAAAUAUUUAUAUUUUAUUAUUUUUAAAUUUGUUAAAACUAUAAAUGCAGGCAUUAAAAUUUUAUAGAUAUUAA